GCGCAGUGUAUGCUGGGUAAUUUGGGCAAGAUGGCGCCCUCCACCAUUCAGAAAAUACGAGCCACAAUGACAGGGCGAGAUACUCAAGAUGAUUCUCUUAUAACAGAGAUAUCUGAUGCAACAACAUUAAGCUGGUCAACACGAAUUAAAGGAUUUAUCAUUUGUUUCUGUGUUGGUGUGUUCUUCUCCAUUUUGGGAAUGAUCAUGUUAUGGAAAAACAUUAAAUUAUUUGCUGUCUUUUACUCACUGGGUAAUAUAACAGCACUUGCAAGUACAUGUUUUCUCAUGGGACCCAUGAAACAAUUAAGGAAUAUGUUCAAAGAGAAGCGACUGAUUGCGACUAUAAUAAUGCUGACCUGCCUUGCUCUCACACUUUGUGCUGCACUGUGGUGGGACAAUAAGGGACUUGCAUUGAUUUUCUGCAUUCUUCAGUAUUUAGCCAUGACAUGGUAUUGUCUUUCCUAUAUUCCAUUUGCAAGGGAUGCAGUGAAGAAAUGUUUCACAAGUUGCAUGGCAUAGGCCUAGCUUUUGGACAGUUGAGGUGCACUUGUUCAGAACAAAUCAUUCAUUAAUUAUGAUAAAUAGACAAAUAGAUCAAUUCAUACAUCCAAUUAGUUCAGUCCUGGAAGUCAAUCAGUAGCCUUUUUGCAAACAUUCUUACUUAGAUGUUGUCAAUCAUCAAUCAUGAUGUGACAGGAUUCCAUAUGAGGGCUUAUUGAACCACCUAUUUGACUGACAGUGUAAUUUUCAUUGAGAUAUUUAUAUGUGAAAAGAAAUAUAUAAAAUGCUAAGUAACAUAGUGUAACAGGUUCUGAGCAGGGUGUGCUUUGGAUAUUUGCAUUUUCUCCCUGCAUCUUGUCCUUGACACCACUAGCCUUUAGUUGGGGCGCAGUGUGGAAAUGGCACACAGAAAAAGAGCAGGAACUUUGCUCCUCCUAACAAGUUCCUCUCUCCUUUUUUCCCAAAAUGUGGCACAUGACAAAAUUGGGAGAACUUCUCCUUUUUUGACUCUGCCUUUUUUUGCGCAGCACCCCAACUAACUGAACCCCUAUGGCACCACUGGCAAGAAUUUUCCUGUCAGCUCCAGUUUUUCUGUAUCUCUGAUAGAAAGUUAGUGCAACAGAAAAUACAAAUAUAGAAGGACCAUCAGCUUCUUAAAUUAAGCAAGAGCAUUGUCCUCAAGACAUAAUUAUUGUAACCCAACAAAGUGCACUCAAGAAUUAGAAUUGUUUGCUUUAUAAUUUGAAACUUGUCUUCAUGAGUGCUUUGUGUAGAGAAACUACUGUUAACUCAUAUCAAAGUCCUUUGUAGUUGGAGGUAGUCCUGGUGCAUGCUGCUUGCUUCACACUCUUCAUGCUCAAGUUUUGAGUGUAGCAGACACUUUUCAUUGCUUUCCAAGUUUGGUUUCUGCAGCUUGACUUGUGGGAAAGUCUACUGUAAACAAGUAUAAUUGGAUUAAAAAUCAAAUGUGGAAAAGUUCUUCCUAGGGGCAUGGUUCUCCCCCAGAGGGGACUCCUAUAUAAAAAGGACGCAGGUGCUCGUUGUGCCCUUUUGGGGUUAAAAAAGUGAUUUUGGUAUCUUGUAAGGUGUUCAGCAUCAAAAUGUCCACAGCGUGAGCUUUUGUGGUGCCUUUUACGGUAUUGAGCCAAAAAAAAUAUGGUGGGAGAUAAUUGUGUUGUUUUAGAAUUGAUAACUUUCAGGGAUGAAAAAAAUCCAAGCCAUGUCCACAAAGCAGGAUCUAAUGGUAUCUCUUACGGUUUUUUUUUUUUCCUCAAAAUUUCCGAUGAGCGCUCUUAUCCUUUUUAUAUGAGAGGCCCCCCUGGGGGUUCCCCAAUGGUCCCCUGUGAGGCAGAGAAAAGAAAAUAAAUAACAACUUCAUUUUAACUGUCACUUAAGAUUCCUGUCUCUUUUUGCUUGCUGAGAAAUGCAGAAAAAGAGGAUAAAUCCUGUCUCCUUGCCUGCUGGUGUAAUUUCAGACUGUACCAUACACCACAGAGACCUCUCACUCUCUUUCAUUAAGUACAAUGUACAUGUAAAUAAAAUAACUUGAUUUUAUUGUGUGUUGGCAUUUAUUUCAGUUGUUUGUAAGAUGGAACCCAUUUGAUCAUGAAAACUUCUCAAACCCUUUAAUUUAAAAGACACUAGUGAUUUGUAUAUAUUUUGACCAGGAAAUUAAUAUUAUAAGAUACUCUUUUGGCUUGCACAUCGUGGCUAGCUCGCAAAUUGCAGAGAAGUCAGUGAAAGGCAAUGGAGGUGCAUUUGGCUUUUGUUUUCCCCAAAAUUUGAGACCAAAAAGUUGCCAUCCGGAAAAGUCUUCCUUGAGUGGUGCAGCUUUUACAGAAUUGUGCCGUCAAGUAGCCCGUUAAGAAUGGUAGCUAGGCGGUGUUACCCUCCCCUCCCCCAACCCUGCAAGAAUCUUGGUUUUGGAGUUUUGCCUGUAGAGCAAGCCUAUCCGAUAACCUACUUUUUUUCUAAAACAAGGCACAAAAAAUUAGUUUGCGAUGGUUGUAGUUAUCGGAAACGGUCCAUAGGGGAGAUGAUUGCGUUAGGUUUUUCGCCUGACCCCUCCCCUGUAUGGAUAUGACUCGACCCACGCUGGAAUCCUUCCGACGCGCGAAAGCGCUUGCUCACGUUGUGCAUGACUGUUUUGGUAUUUCCCGUGGGAAACGGUUGAACGCCCGUAAACGUUCUCCUUCACAUCAAGUGUGCUUAUCCCAUGGGAAAUAGAUCAUUAUGAAGCGAAAGAGAUCCCGUGAGCUCGAAGACAGUAGUGAUGAAGAAGACGAAGACCCGGGCGUAGAUGGAACAUGCAGUGAUGGAACAUCGACACUUUCACUACAGGACCAAGAGGAGCCUGAACUGCCAGGAAUUAUUGAGAGUGUGACACUGGACAAUUUUCUUUGCCAUAGUAACCUUUGUGUUCCAUUUGGACCACGUGUGAACUUCAUCACUGGAAGGAAUGGCAGUGGCAAAAGUGCGAUCAUGACAGGUCUUGUUGUGGCAUUGGGUGGAAGAGCUUCUCAGACCAGUAGAGGGCUGAGUAUCAAGAACUUUGUAAAGAAAGGAUGCAGAUCUUGCCAAGUCUCAGUUCAGCUACGCAACAGAGGUGCUGAUGCAUUCAAACACAGUGAGUAUGGCGAUUCCAUAAUCAUUGAAAGGAGAAUCACUGCAGAUGGUGGAUCAUCAUACAAGCUCAAAUCCAGGAAAGGAAAAGUAGUUUCAACCCAGAGAAUCCAAGUGGAACAAAUAGUUGACCAAUUUAACAUCCAGGUUGACAACCCAGUUUCUUUAUUAAACCAAGACACAAGCAGGCAUUUGCUUCAAAGCAAGGAUGAAUCAGAUCUUUAUAAGUUCUUCAUGAAAGCAACCAGUCUUGAACAAAUAAGCACUGAUUACGGUAUUGUGAUGGAGCAUAAGGAAGUUGCUUUAGCCACUUUGCAACGAAAAGAGAAGGUUAUUCCAGAAGUGCGUGAGCAAGUGCGCAGACUAGAAGCAAGGUAUAUUGCUAUUAAGCAAAUUCGUGACAUCAAAGAGCAGAUUGAGGAACUAAAAAAGGAGCGUGUUUGGGCAGAAGUAAUCAAGAAUGAAAAGGAGGUUUCUAUGCAAGGUAGAGUUGUAGUGAAACUUAAGUCUGGCCUUCCAAAGUUUGACAAGGAGAUUCAAGAAUGCGAGAAAAAAAUUUCAGACAUUGAACAGCAAGUAGCAGCAGUGGAGAGUGAAAUGACCAAGGUCCAAACUGAAGCAGAGUCCUUGAACACAGAGCAGCAACACAUUGCUGCAGAACUACAAGAAAGGAAGAAGACAGUCAAAGACAAACAGUCUACUCUGAGAAGACUGCAACACACUAAACAGGAAGCCAUAAAUGAAAAAAAUGUGCUUCAAGGAAAGAUAGAAGAGAUAAAAACAUCUGUGGAAAUGAGAAACUUUGAAGAAGAACAGCGUCAAAAAGAACAUUUGCUACAACAGAAAAGAAACGAAUUAGAAGAAUGUAAAAACAAUCUUGAGGAGGUUAUGAACAAAGCUGUUAAACUACACAAUGAAGUGGAGACGGAUAAAUAUCGUAUCAGCAAACUAUGUUCUACGAAAGACGAAGUAACCAAUGAGAUCUAUAAAAUGGAAAAACAAGUAACACGAGUUAGGCUUCAAAAAAGUAAUAAGAUUCUACAGUUCGGAGCCUGGAUGCCUACUUUGCUUGAUCGCAUAAGCAAAGCUGUGAGUGAUGGAAGGUUCACCAAGCCACCAAGAGGCCCCAUUGGCUUACAUUUAAAACUAAAGGAUGAAAAGUGGUCCAGGGCUAUUGAAUCGUGUCUAAAAAAGUUUGGCUAUGGAUUCUGUGUGGUUAAUUUUAAAGACCUGAAGGUCCUCAAGUCUAUUAUAACUCAGACUACAAACUUUUCCCCUGUUGUGGUGAUAUGCCCCUUUCAGCAAACUGUUUAUAAUGUCUCGUCUCAUAAACCCAAAUGUGAGUUUCCAACAAUUUUGGACAUGCUAGAGAUUGACGAUGCUGUAAUAGCAAAUUGUCUAAUGGACCAGCUCCGUAUAGAAAGGACACUGUUAAUUGAAAGUAGGUCACAUGCUGCAGAUGUUAUAUGGUCAAGGAAUGCACCAGCCAAACAGGCCUUCUCUGCUAGUGGUGAUCAGCUUAUUGGACCGCCAACAGUUAAGUCAGUUGCUCCAGACAAAGACUUUAAGAAUUAUUUAUCAACUAAUUCUGCAGACAAUAUAAGUGCCCUAAGUAAAGAAAUUGAUGAGAAGAAAAAGCUGCGUGAUCAGCUUGCAGCACAGAAACGCGACCUUGAAAAGGCAUUGAAGCAACGAAAUCUUGAACAACAAGAAGCAUGUAAGGAGAAAAAGCGAUUACAAGCCUCCAUAAACAACCUAAAACUGGAAAUAACUGAACUGAUGGAAAGCUUAGAGGAAGAGCUUUCUCCUGACAUCACAGUAUUGGAAACGGACUUAGAGCAUUGUACACAACGCCUGGAGGAUCUCGAUGAGCAGACCCAGACUGCAGAGCAGGAGUUACAGCAAGCCACAACUUUCAUGGAAGAUCAAACACGGACAAAUGACGACCACGAACGAAAGAUUAGUGAAGUGUUUGAAAAAGCAGAGCCUCUCAAAGAAGAGCUUGAGUCACUAACGGCGAUAAAUGGUGAGGAGAAUGCCAAACUGCAACACUAUCAAAGACAACGCAGGAAAUUAGAACAGGAAAUUGACGAGAACGAAAAAAAGCAGGAUCGGCUCAUCAAGUUGACAGAGCAAAAGGCCGAGGUUGCCAUGCGUCAUUUUGAAAGAGUGGAGACAACACGGAGUGUGAAGGACCUCGAGACUGAAAUUAUUCAAAAACAAAAAUAUGUCCAGGAGGAGGAAAAGAAUCGAGGGAAUCUCGAAGAAAUAAUGAAAGAGUUCCAAGAAACUCAGGAGAAGUUUGAAGCCAUCUUAAAGAACAACAGCAACAUUAAGAAAUACAACAAGAAAAUUCACACCGCCAUGGAGAUGAGACAAAAGUAUUUUAAAGAGAAAAGAAAGUUCUUGGCGUCGAAUACUUCCAAUUUUUUUACAAACCACUUGAGUCGCAAGGGUUACAGUGGAUAUAUAUCAUUCGAUCACAGCAGAGAGACUCUUAAUCUCAUCGUAAAUGUCCACAAAGGUCCAAAAGAUGAGUAUUCGGAGAAAGGUGUUGACGAAAGUACGUCUGUCAUGAAGUCGCUAUCAGGCGGUGAAAGAUCAGUGUCUACUAUCUCUUUCCUGACAGCCUUGUGGGGCACCAUGGAGUCACCUUUUAGAUGUCUUGAUGAGUUUGAUGUUUUUAUGGACUUGUGUAACAGAAAGGUAAUCAUGAAAAUGGUGUUGGAUAUUGCAGAGUUGCCAUCACAGAGAAAGCGCCAGUUUAUUUUCUUGACACCACAGGAUUUGAGCCCUUUAUCCAUAGACAAGAACGUCCGAAUUUUCAAGCUUGCUGAUCCCGACUGAUCAUUUUGGAGCCAGAAAAGAAGUUGCAUAUAUAUCAUUUAACAUAGAGAGAUGUUUUUUACGUAGAAUUGAAUUAUUGAAGAUUGAAAUAUUUUUAUAUAGAAUUGAAUAUUUGUAUCAUAUUGUAUGAAAAGCAAAGACGAGUGUUAAAAAAGUAUAUUUUUUACGAAUUUUACUUUGUCUGACUGCCAUAUUUGUGUUGUUUUUUUUUUCACUUUUUACGCCGGAAGAAGGCAAGAAUAUAUUUUAAUUAACUGUAAAAUAUAUUUUUUGAGAUAUAGCUAAACUUUUUUUUUUUGGUGUCUGUUACGUUUUGUUCGUGGGUGAACCAAUUCACUUAGCUGUUCAUGAUAAGUGUUGGUUUUAUUGACUGAUUGAUCUACCGAUCAAUUGAUUGAUUGCUAAUCACUGUUAAUUGUAGGGGAAUUAAGCAUAUUGUUGUAUAAUUUAAUGGAUAGUGUCUGGGCUGAUUAUAAAACGUUUUCCGUAGUUUCCAGAUGUGCAUGAUAUUGUCAAAUGCUACUAAAACGCAAAUAAAUUGGACUAAGAGGUAUAUUAUACAGAGCAAAACAGAACAAGUAGUUUAAGGAAGAAGUGCAGGAUUACAAGGAUCGAAAAUGGAUUAUAGCUCAUCAAGUUUGAUUUUGCGGCGGGAUGUAAAAAAUCUUCAUUGCCAUUCAGGUGACAUUUUUCCCUUUGAGGUUGCAUUUCUUUGCUUUCAACACCUUUUAUCGUCUUUUUCUUAUUUUCUAACAAGCUAUUGCUACGGGCUAUACGUAUUAAAACACGAGAUAUCAGCUGGCACACUGUCCCUUAAAAACAAAUAAGUAAAUAUGUAAUAAAUAUUUAGAUAGAUAAAUAAACUAUAUUUUCUCCAUAUUUUUAUUCAUGAGUUACAUGUUGUAAAUAAUAAGAAACAAGAGAUCGUUUCUUGUAAGAAACCAGGUGAAAAUUGCCUAUUUUAGCUCAUUUGCCCCAACAGCCGUUUCGAGAAAGGUUAGGUUGUCCUUCAGCGAUUAAGCUAACCCAGGAGAUUAGCGAGAAUUUUGACUUGAGUUUUGUAACUUUGCGGAGAGGUUUGCUG